GGUAUGGGGAAUAGCGCGCCCAUUGUCCUCACAUCUGCGGCGACGCGUGUUAUUCGAGAGGGACCUCAAACGCCAAAGUCCAGCAGAGAAAGACACAUUAAAGCACAAGUUGCAGGGCCUCGCAUCUCCUCCUCCUGUGGGAGUGGAACACGUCCUUGCUUGUUUCAAUCAGCCGCAAUAGCGGUCACGCGUCGAGGAUGAAGCGAGCAUACGACAUCGUCGUCGUCGGCGCCGGUGCUGCCGGGUGCGCCGCCGCUCGUGCGUGCGCGCUUCGACACCCCGGCGCCUCCAUCGCGCUGGUGGAACAGGGCACUCGCGCCUCCAUGCCGCCAGUGAUGCGCGUUCCAUCCGUGCAACCCUUCAUUACCUCUGCCCGUAAGGCCAGGCCGUUUCUGCGGACCUUUUAUUGCGUGCCGGAGAAAAACUUAGCUGGACGCUCGCUGGCCUACUGUGUUGGCUGCGGCCUUGGUGGAAGCAGCUUGUGCAACGACAUGAAGUACAUGCGCGGAACGCGGCACGACUUUGAGCAAUGGAAGGACCCAGCGUGGACCUUUGAGACGCUUCUACCCUUCUACAAAUCUUUAGAGAGCAACGCUCGCGGCGGGUCGGCGGUGCACGGCGCGAACGGCCCGCUGCCGAUCUCCGACGUGCAGCGCAGCAACCUCGACGCCAGCAUGAACGUGCGCUUCUUUGAGGCGUGCGAGGCGGCCGGCGUGCCUGCCACCGACGACUUCAACGCCGGCAGCACAGACGGCUUCUCUGCGAUGCAGAGCUACAUCAAGCACGGCUCACGGGUGGGGGUGUUUGACGCGCUCGUGGAGGAGUCGAAGCACCGCACUCGCGGGCUCGACCUUUUGACCGAAACCGCUGUCGAGAAGAUCUGCUGCGCGGCUGGUAAAGUGCGUGGAGUGGAGGUCGUGCACAAGGGAGCAGCACAAGAGUUGGCGGCGUCGCAUGUUGUGGUAUGCGCCGGUGCGUUGCGCAGUCCCCUGCUGCUGCAGCGCAGCGGCGUUGGCGCAGAGGGCGCCGUGGUGGAUCUCCCCUCGGUGGGUCAAAACCUCAUCACGACGACCACUGUCGACCUCAUCUUCCGCAUCGGCAACCCGGCCAACGUGUUCAGCAAAUCGAUCAGCUGGCGCAACGUGACCUACCUGGUCCAGCAAUGGCGCGAGUACACAGAGGAGCGCACUGGGAUCUUCACCUCUUUCCUGGAGGGCGUCGCGUACGUGCGUUCGCAGCCGCAACGCGACCACCCUGACCUGUCUCUGCAGUUCUUCCGCACCCCGCAGAUGGGUACGGCGGACGGGGCGUCGUGCUGGCCGCUCGACGGCUUCACGAUGCGCGUCACACACCACUACCCGUCUAGCCGCGGCGAGGUCCGCUACGGCGCGUCGCAGCAGCAGCAGCAGCAAAGGAAAGGCACUGGGUCCGCUGCCACAGCUGUGGUGCUUCGAAGCGGUCUUUUGGCGACGAAGGAAGAUGUGCUGGCGAUGGACGAAGGCGUCCAAUGGGUUGGGUUGCUCACCUCGCGGGACGGCACUCUGCGCUCCGUCUACCACGUGAAUGAGCGUGAAGAAAACGUGGGCCCCUUUUGGUCCUACAACGCGACGCUGCAUCGGCCGCGUACCGCGCUGGCGACGCAGCGUGACACGGCAGCCUUCCUGGCGGAGGCGGUGCAGAGCGGAGGGGACCUCUUCGGCACCUGUGCGAUCAACUCUGUCGUGGACGCAAAGCUGCGUGUGAAGGGCGUUGAUGGGCUUUACGUGGCAGACAGCAGCGUGGUGCCGGCGCCGACGGUGGCGAGUAGUUCGACGGUGGGCAGCGCUAUUGGCACUCGCGUCGCGUCGUUUAUCGAGAGCUAA